CAAAGGACGUGUUCGAUGCCGCCAAUUAACAGGCACUGAGCCAGUUGCUCUUUUUGUUCCCCUGCGACUUCCCCUGUGGGAACAGGUGUACAGGGAAUCCGAAGAACUCCAAGCUGCUCUAGCCCAGUGGCCAGGACAGGCACUCCACCUUUGUCGGCAGCGCAACGCCACUUUGCCACGCCAGAGUCACCGACAAUCAAAAAUUUGCGCCCUCCAGUGUAUUAUCGCGAGUUGCCUGAUCCUACUUGGAAAGGUCCGGCUGAUCUCAUCACCUGGGGGCGAGGCUACGCAGCAAUCCAACUGCCUGAUCGAGUACUGUGGGUGCCAGGGAAGCAAGUAAGACCCUAUCUUUGCAAACCUGCGGGCCCACCCAUUGCAUCGGAGCCUGAUCCUCCCUCACAUCAUGAUGCCUGAAUCCACUCCUGACCUCGGAGGGGAACCAGACCCCUUGUCUUUUCCACCACUUCCCGAAUAUGGACCUCCGGAUAGCCCCCCGACCUACCAGGAAAACGGUCGGGGGUCCUCCGAAGACUCCCCUCCUCCCUAUAAGGAUCCGCCGCGAUGUCCCUUCAUUCGAGGUGGUCUAACAUUUACCGAUUUGCUAACUGCGCGAAUGUCCUGCUCGCAUUUUGUAUAUCAUUUUGUAAUAUUGACACUGUUUAUGAUAUGUAUUUUCUUGGCUAUGUGGGUGGCUUUUGCAGAGGGUGACAAGGCUAACAAUACCUAUCAAGAAAAUCGAAACUGGAACCAGACUCCAACUCCUUCGCACAGAGUGCGCAGGGAGGUGGAUGCCAGUUGUGAUCGGUGCAUCGUUGAGGUUAAACAAGGUCUGUCAACUGUUCUCACCCUGAUUCAUUCUAAUAUUGUACCAACUCCCUGUCCCCAGAAAUUUUUUUGUAUUUUUAACAAAACUCAAUAUGUGACCUGCACCAAAGGAUUGUCAUUCACGUGUCAUAACCCGGCCCUGCCCACACGGUAUAACAUCUCCAUUUGGGCAGGCAUUGGGAUUGUCAAGGGACCGCCUCAAGCAGCUCGGUUAUGGUACGUGAAUCACACAGUGGUCACUAAAGCCGAAAAUUGGGCUAUAACCUUUGAUGUCUGCGGUGCCAUGUCGAAAAAAUCCUUCCGUGGCUGUGGGCAUCGACCUGCUGGUUAUAACAACGAUCACAAGUACUUGUGCACUAGAUUUCCACCCCUAGAGCCUUCUUCAUUUCCACAACCCUGCAUCGCUUGGGAGGCCUACCAAAAAACAGUUUGGCGGGCAAUUUGUUCGCACACGAAUGGGGGCUACAGGGGCUGCUAUAAUCCCCUUAAUGUUAAACAGCGCCUUGUUCGUUCCUUUGUCCGACAACCAAAUAGCAACAAGGUAACUAUAGAAUUAGAAAAAAAUCAUCCUCCCAUGGAAACCUAUGGCAUAGGCAUUGAUGGAUAUGGAUUAGACCCAUUGACACACAUCACCAUAAAGGUCCAAAACUUGGAAGAUGUUCAAAGAAUUGAAUGGUCCGUUUAUGAUCAUCUAGCUAAAUUAGAGACCAAAGCGUCUCCCCUAAUAUCUGACAAAGCACGAAACCUUUUCAUGGAAUUUGCAGAACAAAUAGCCUUUACAUUGGGUGUAAAAAAUUGUUUUGUUUGUGGAGGUACCAACAUGGGGGAACAAUGGCCAUGGGAGGUUCAUGAAGCAGAUCCUGAGUAUUUGAAUAAUCAAACAAAAUUUGCUAAUUUUACUUUUAGAAACCUGGAAGACCCUGUAGUGUGGACUUUAACUACAAAUAUUGUAGGAACAAAUUGCUUUUUCAGGAAUGGCUCCAUCCCUGUUGGGACACUUCUUUGCCGUGGACAAUGGGAAAGGGGCCAGUGGGUCUCCCCCACCAACGAGUCCGCUCCUGUACUAUUAAAUCAUACCUUUUUCAAUUAUCUCCGCAGGUCCUCUCUCAAUUGGACAGCACCGCAAGGCAUGUAUUGGGUAUGCGGUUCCUUUGCAUACGAGUACUUGCCUCCAGAUUGGUCAGGGGCUUGUGUGUUAGGGUGGAUCAAACCUUCCUUUUUCCUCCUUCCCCUGACUGCUAAACAGACCCUGGGUGCCCCGGUGUAUGACAAUUGGGGUAGAAAAAAGAGGGAUGUGCCCUCGGAAGGCUAUGCAGGUAUACGGGUAGGCAACUGGAAGGACGAUGAAUGGCCACCCGAAAGAAUCAUUGCCUACUACGAUCCUGCCACUUGGGCUGAGGAUGGGUCCUGGGGUUAUAGGACCCCCAUAUAUAUGCUUAAUCGCAUUAUCCGCUUGCAGGCUGUGCUUGAGUUAGGCAGCCGACGCAUUUCAGCCGCUUUAACCAUUCUUGCCACUGCUCAGGACAAGCUGCGCACCGCUGUUUACCAAAAUCGCUUGGCCUUGGAUUAUCUUCUUGCUAAGGAGGGAGGAGUGUGUGGAAAAUUUAAUUUGACCAACUGUUGUUUAGAAAUUGAUGAAACUGGAAAGGUAGUUGCAGAUUUGACCAAAGAACUCCAUAAGCUGGUCCAUGUGCCUGUACAAAAAUGGACUGGGAUCGUGGAUGAAGGAGGAUUUUUGGGCGGGAUUUUUAGGAACUGGAAGCAAGCAGCCUUCAUGUUUGGUAUAAUCUUGUUAGGUCUCCUUUUACUUCCCUGCCUGAUUCCCCUUCUUCGAAACCUGAUAUAAAGCACUGUGGAGGGUAUGGUGGACAAGAGGACCAUACACCUGGUUAGGUACAAGGCACUGCCAACCAUGGAUGUACCGGACCCUUUAGCCAUAACCCUUAGCAGUGAAGAAGAUGAUUUUUCCUUUAAUUAGAAAAAGACAGGGGAGAUGUUGGAGUUGUAGCCCCCUCCUCGCCCCCUCCUUGCCCUUUCUUUGCCCUUUCUAGAGGAAACGUCUGCGGCAAAGCUCGCUAGCUCGUAA